GGUGGUUCACGGUGGUUGAUGUAUUGAUGACAAUGUCAAUCUUGUAAAUACUUGAAGAUGAUGAAGUUGAGAUAGUAAAAGGUAAUUUUCGAAAGAAAAAAACUAAUGGUAUUUUCGUGAAUAAUAUAAACUUGUGGGGUGAAUAUGGAAAAAAAAUUUCAAAAAAAACAUGGUUUAGGUUUAGGUUUGACUUUCAGUUUUGAGUAAAUUUUGCAAAAAAAUCCUUCAAAUUUUAAUGAAGAUAUUAUAUCUAAUAUUACAUACGUUUUAGAAAUUUUGUAGGUCUUCCGUAUACUUUGAUUUUGUGGGUCGUCAAAGAUUUUAAAUUUAACGAUUUUAGUUUUUUUUAAUGGUAUAUUAAUUUAUUUCUUAUUUCGUGGCAAUUACUUAAUUCUAGUUUCCAAAAAUUCAAUAACUUCGACGUAUGCAUACAAUUAUCAAAUAAGAAAAUUGUCUUCUUAUUUUUUUUGAAAAUUGUCUUUCUCUUGAUACAAAAAUGUAUUUUGACGAUUAUAUAUUAGUAGUAUCUACGUUUCAAACAAGUAAUAAAUUAAUAAUACAAAAAAUAUAUAGUUGUGCAUAAUAAAAGUAAGCUCGAUUAAAAUAACUACUUUUAAAAUUCUAUCGUAAACUAGUUUCAAAAAGAAAAAAAAAAAAUCUAUCGUAAUAGUCAAAGGUUUUGUCCAUGUAUAUUGGAAUUAAAAAGAAUGGACUCCUUUUCCACGUUUCAACAAUGUACCCCAUGAGCACGUCAUCCAAGCCCCAUCAUUUAAAACCCCUACGAGAACACCCGCACCGCCUAAUAUAAUUUAUCCAUUUCUUUGUUCUUGUCAGAAAAUCAUUACCGAUGGGUAACAGUUUAGGCGGCAAGAAAACGACCAAAGUCAUGAAAAUAGAUGGCGAGACUUUGAAACUGAAAACUCCAGUGACGGCGGAGGAGGUCCUCAAAGACUUUCCCGGCCACGUUUUGUUAGAGUCCGAAUCCGUCAAGCACUACGGUGCUAGAGCCAAACCACUUGAUGCGAAGCAGAGGUUGGUGGCGAAGCGGCUGUAUUUCGUGGUGGAACCGGUGAAGGAGUGUCCACCGAGAAGGGUAAGGUCGGGGAUUCAAAUGAGUGCAAAGGAGAGGCUUGAGAACCUCAUGCUUGCUCGGAGAUCUUCUUCGGAUCUCUCCUUACUCAAACCCGCAGGAAGAUGGACGACGAAGGAGGAGGAGGAGAAAGAUGGAGGAGCCAUGAGAGUGAAGCUGAGGAUUCCCAAGGCGGAGCUGGAAAGACUCGUUAAGGAAGGAGCUACGGAGGCGGAAGCCACCCAGAAGAUCGCCGCUCUCUUUAUGGCCAAACAGAAGAACGACAAAGCACGUCAGAACAAGCUCCAACGUGGCGAUGUAGGAGAGGAGCCCGCCAUUGCCACAGCCGCCACUACAAGAGUAGUCAAGUCUUGUCUGAAACGAGUGAGUUUCAUGGCGGAAAGAGGAGUAAAUGAGAUCACCGUUGCUUGAGGCUGAACCAGUAAACACAAAUAUGUAUAUUUACAGACUGCUUCCCAUAGUUUCUGCUUUUAUUUGUACAUAAAAAGCAGAGAUAGAGAGCUAGUGAAAUUAAUAAUUCAUCCAUGUUCCCACUCUGUAGCUAGACUCAAGAAGAAUGUCAUCUUUCUUUCUUUCUCUCUUUCACACAUACGUCUGUCUCGACAAUCCCAUUGAUCAGCGCAUCUCUAAGCAUUGUGACAUCAACGUCUCCAUCUCUAAUGGACAAUGGUACAACCAUAUAUUCUUCUUGUCAACCUAGUUUUGAAUCCACCAAAAUACUCUCAACACUUCCUCAAGUGAUCAUAACUUGUUUCCCUUCAAAACUUGCGGUGGCUAAGGAUGUGAAAGUUUUAAGACUUUUUUUUUGUUACUGAGUGAAAGUUUUAAAAGUUACCUCCACAUCGAUUUAGAGAUUCUUUUUCUUAACAUGUUCAUCCCCAGAAUUUCGCGAGAAAACACAAUUUGUUGCCGUCGACAAAAACAACUCUUUAUGGCAUAAAAUAUUAGUCUGGUUGUAUGUUGUGUGUGUGUGUGUAAAACUGUUAAGUAAAAAAAAAAAAUUGUUCUACCUAGGCUGCAAAAUGAAGAAGACACAAAACAAAGUUCAAAUCAUUGGAAGAAGCAGCAUCUCUACUUCGUUUCAUUUAAAAAUUUCAAUAAUAUCAAACAGCAUUCAAAUCAAACCAUCUUUUCUUCCCAUUGCUUCCAUCAUUUAUAUAAUUUCCAUUUUUAACUCAAUAUAUUUACUAAAUAAAUUAACGUUUCCUCUAAGUCUAUAACUAAUUAACCAUCAAUUAGAGUCAAUCCCAGUACCAUAUAUAAAUGACCCACAAGACCGAGGUUUUACAUCAGGAUGAGGAUCAUGUGGAAGUUCACACUAGUCUUUAAGCAUUGUGACAUCAACGUCUCCAUCUCUAAUGGUACAACCAUAUUCUUCUUGUCAACUUAGUCUUGAAUCCACCAAAUUAAAAUACUCUCAACACUUCCUCAAGUGAUCAGAACUUGUUUCCCCUCAAAACUUGCGGUGGCUAAGGAUGUGAAAGUUUUGAGACUUACCUCCACAUCCAUUUAGAGAUUCUUUUUCUUAACAUGUUCAUCCACAGAAUUACUUGAGAAACACAAUUUGUUGCCGUCGACAAAACAACUAUUUAUGGCAUAAAAUACUAGUAUGGUUGUAUGUUGUGUGUGUGUGUAAACUGUUAAGUAAAAUACUAGUAUGGUUGAAAGUGAAAGAUUUCUAUGAACUGAAACACGUUCCAUCUGCUCAUGCCUAAUAUCAUAAUUCAAGCUCUGUCUAAUUCCAUUUGGCCCCUCGUCUAUCUUCUCUCCAUAAUUUCUGAAAUGUAACUUAACAUAUAUGUUGCAUCGAAUUUGAAUGUGGCGGUUAGUGUUUUCUGAGGGAUGGCUCAAAUGAAAUACUCUGAUUUGGUGCAAAAUCGAUUCCACAUCAAAAUACAUUUUGGUUUUUGGUGAGACAUCAAAAGUAUACCUAUUAUGAGCUUCUCAAAUGUGAUUCAAAUUUAAUGCAAUAAGCUAUCUCUUUCAAAAGUAAGCAACUCUACAGAGUGUGAGAAUCAGUAGCAUCCAUUUUAUCAUCCGACCAAAUGAUACUACAAGAUGAUCUGUAUUAGGUCUCCUAUUACAAAAAAAAAAAAAAAAAUGAGUUGACAAUACCAACAAGAAGAGCUAAGUGGUCUUCUUGUCCAUGUUUGUGAUGAGAUUCUUCAUCUGAAACCUCCAGAAACAAAAGUAAGCGAAACCAAGUCCGAUCAAAACAUAAACCCAAAUC